AUGGAGACUGAACAACAGGAGGAGACCUUUACCAACACAGAGACAAAUGACUUAUCUACAGGCAAACGUCCUGCAGAAGAUAUGGAAGAAGAACAGGCCUUCAAAAGGUCUCGGAAUACAGAUGAGAUGGUUGAGUUACGCAUCUUGCUUCAAAGCAAAAAUGCUGGAGCAGUGAUUGGGAAAGGUGGCAAAAAUAUUAAGGCACUUCGUACAGAUUACAAUGCAAGUGUUUCAGUCCCAGACAGCAGUGGCCCUGAGCGCAUCUUGAGUAUAAGUGCAGACACCGAGACAAUUGGAGAAAUCUUGAAGAAGAUUAUCCCUACUUUAGAAGAGGCAUCUUGUUUACAGUAUCAACACUACAAAAGUAGCGAUUUUGACUGUGAAUUAAGACUUCUAAUUCACCAAAGUCUAGCAGGAGGAAUUAUUGGUGUCAAGGGUGCUAAAAUCAAAGAACUCAGAGAGAACACUCAGACCACCAUUAAGCUCUUCCAAGAGUGUUGUCCUCAUUCCACUGAUAGAGUGGUGCUUAUAGGUGGAAAACCUGAUAGAGUUGUGGAAUGUAUCAAGAUCAUCUUGGAUCUUAUCUCUGAGUCUCCAAUUAAAGGACGGGCACAGCCUUAUGAUCCCAAUUUCUAUGAUGAAACGUAUGAUUAUGGUGGCUUCACAAUGAUGUUUGACGAGAGAAGGGGACGUCCAGUAGGCUUUCCAAUUCGUGGAAGAGGAGGCUUUGAUAGAAUGCCUCCUGGUCGUGGUGGACGACCUAUACCUCCAUCAAGAAGAGAUUAUGAUGAUAUGAGCCCUCGCAGAGGACCUCCACCACCUCCACCGGGUCGUGGUGGCAGAGGUGGCAGUAGAGCUCGUAAUCUUCCUCUUCCUCCUCCGCCACCUCCUCGUGGCGGGGAUCUUAUGUCUUAUGACCGAAGAGGUAGACCUGGAGACCGUUAUGAUGGAAUGAUGAUGCCGUGUCAUGUGGAUGCUUGUGAUGACAUGCAGCCACCAGAGUUGUUUGAGGGUGGCUCUGGAUAUGACUAUUCUUACACAGGGGGCCGUGGUUCAUAUGGAGAUCUUGGUGGACCCAUCAUCACAACACAAGUAACAAUUCCCAAAGAUUUGGCAGGAUCUAUUAUCGGAAAGGGAGGACAGAGAAUCAAACAAAUACGUCAUGAGUCGGGGGCUUCAAUCAAAAUUGAUGAACCACUAGAAGGUUCAGAAGAUCGAAUAAUAACUAUUACAGGAACACAGGACCAGAUACAAAAUGCUCAGUAUUUACUGCAGAACAGUGUGAAGCAGUAUGCAGAUGUUGAAGGAUUCUAA